CUUCUUUGUCUCCGCUUCGUUAUUUCCUCGGUGAAGGCCAUGUCUGCCCCAGGCCGGCUGUAAUUCCAUUAAUCCACUGAGAGUGUAGCCUGACGCUUUUCUCUAGGGAGGCCGGUUGAACUGCUUUUGAAGAGAUGGAGACUUCCGUGUUUUUAUUUUCAUUAUCUGCCCUCGGCAUUCUUUAUGCCAUGAACACCAUUCCAGAGCUUCAAGGGCCGUACGUGAUCCUGUGGACUGGUGUUGCCGUGUUGGUCGUUGUGUUCCUGUUCUACUUCCUCAUCACACGUCGCAACCCACCUAAAGACGCUUUAUUCUUUGUUUUUGCUGUAUUUUCAUUUACUUGUGUCAUUGACCUGACGAGUGCCUUGGAAUAUGACGGCAUUUUAUCUGGAUUUAUGAAUUUCUACCAAAAGACAGGAGAACCCUAUCUGGGAACAGCCUAUGCCAUCAUGAUGUGCUACUGGGAUGGAAUAGCCCACUUUAUCAUGUACCUGGUGAUGAUCAGCAGGAUAACAGACAGGUGGCCCUGGACUCCCCCCUCGAGGCCUGUUCUGUAUACCUGAAGCACUACGAACCCUACCUGAAAGAUCCCGUGGGCUUCCCCAGAGUCAUGAUGCUGCACUAUUUCUUCUAUGGACUCCCUCUGUUUGGUUCAUUUGUUUACGGUCUCCUGAAGCCCGGCUGCACGUGGAUGUCAGACUGGACGGUGUUCUGCGCUGGAGCCAUGGUUCAGUGCCAGUGGGCCCACAUUGGAGGAUCCAUCCAUCCUCGUACCACAGCUCCAUUUCAUAUCCCUCACGAUGUUUUCUGGUGUGUGCUGGCAGCUAACCUGCUCUACAUGGUCACUCCCAUCCUUGUUGCCCUGCGUGUUCAGAAUAAUCCCUAUUUCUUCCUCAAGAUCAGCCCCUUUCCCGGGCAAACAGGUUUGCCAAACAGUGAGGAGAAAGACACCAAGUACAAAGACAAAUAAUCAUUCUUAGGCUCCAUUGACCUUUGGAGUAUAAUCACUCAUCUGAUGAUUCGUGAAGAGCUGUUGUAUUUUAAAUGCCAUGUUUCCAAAUGCCAAAAUACAAGAUUAUUUUGCUCAACACUCAAGGUUAUUUAAUUGUUUGCUUUCAUUCCUUGUGUUCCUGAUACCUUGUUUAAACAAUGAAACAGCAGACUGAUCAGUGAAGUCACCCAUGGUUUUGUGAGCUGCUGUUUUGAAGC